AUGCUGUCCAAUUCCUCUUUGCAGCCUUGGUUCGACUACGGCACUGCUAUAAGGAGUCCUGCUUCCGGCCACACUGACCCCUUUGCAGCAUUACCGCCAAUCCAACCUUGCUAUGGCGGCAGCAUAGGAGGCGAAGCUGUGAACUGUUCGGUGGUCUGCGAUUAUACAUAUCUCUUGUUCGAUCCCCAACAUCCUUCAAAUCUUGUAACCUGUGGUCUGUGGGCUACGGUGACUGCUGGCCUUGAUAUUACUGGUCAAUCUCCUGUCACAACCCCAUUCGAAGCUGUGGGCUUGAACCUAUCUGCCACAGAGACUGUAAGGACUAUAGACGGAGCGCUUGGCACCUACAAUGCCCAACUCCAACGCAAUUUGGUCGCCUGCUUUGCCUCCUUCUACGCAGCAACUCACUCUUUUACCGAUGACCGUAGGUCCACUCCAAACACUUGCAGUGCCACUGCUCUAUUUCAAUACCCAUUGGAGGCAGAGCCAUGCUUCGCGGACUUGUGCUCUCCCAGGACUUUAGAUGCAGAUCUUGGAGGAAUUGGGGUCUUUGUAUCCCUCAUCGUUCAGUCCAGCCUUGCAAUCGUGACUGCAAUCUUGCUGUCUCUUCUCGUAUCGUGGACAUUUGUGAACAGACACCGGCAAGAAAAGCACACCCAGGCAAUGAUGAUGGCUACGGUAGACUUCCAGAUAACCCAAUGCUAUUUCGCUGGAGCCGUCCAAAUUGCCGCCCUGGUCUUUACGGCACGAGGACUUUUUUCUAUCAAAUGGGUUGCAUCGCCUGAGCUGCUUGAUGAGGGGCUUCUUUUUACCCUAGCAACUAACGGCUUUGUUCCGACUAUACUCACUUUGGCCCUGAUCACGCAGUACGGACGGCAAUCAUGGUACUUGAUCUUAUUGUCGUCCAUUGUUUUCGUCUUGUCGACCGGGAUGCUAGCCGCCUCAUCCAACGCGUGGUAUGCAACACCUUUCGAUCCAGCCUACGGAGUCCUUCAAGACUGCGGAGAUUUUGUCGCAUCCAAUUUGACAACAGCAUGGUGUGGAUCGAACAAUCUAUUCUCAAACUCUGGACACAAUCCUACAGCUCUCAAUAAGGUCAUCUGGGUGAUGUGGGCCCAUAGCUUGCUGUGGUUGAUAUACUGUGUCUCGAAGAAACUCCGGACAUCAUCAGAUCGCUUCCUGCCGGGGGCCACGAAACUUGCGUCGAUCUGCCAGCCUCGAUUCGCUUUGAGCGAUCGCCUUCCCAUGAGCGGGUUAGGGAAACCGAUUGAGCCAGGGACUGUUUGCUAUUACCUGGUCACUGUCGCUAGGCUAUCAACUUUGGCUGUACGCCGUGAUUUUGCGCGGAUCGAUCACUAA